AUGACGGACACUGAGCUGAUUUUACGCGACGUCCUCAACAUUAUUGCCGCUAAAGAGAAAUAUGAGUAUUGCGAUAUAAAAAUUAAACUAAGUAAUACUGAUGGCGCUAACUAUUCGUCUGACUUGUAUGAAGCGACAAUAUCUGCACCAAAAAAACCUGACCUUGAACUGUUCGGAAAAGUUGUCAUAAUAGCUGAAGAUGUGAGGGCAGCUUUAAAUGUUCCAGUAUUUGACGCAGAGCAUUUAUUCUAUACUAAUCUAUUAAAUGAAUAUAGAUUUUUAGAGGAGAAAUAUAACAUUCCAGAAAGGAACAGAUUUCUAACCGCGAAAUCUUAUGGCUUUGAUAAUGGAUAUUUAAGAGAGACUGUUGUUAUGGAGAAUUUAAGCAAAAAAAAUUUCAAGUGUUUCAACAGAUUUGAAAGUGUAACCUGGGAAUAUGCCGCUGAAUGUAUAAAACAGAUGGCUUAUUUGCACGUUUUAUCAGUUACUUUCGGACAUUAUAAUUCCGAAAAGAGAGACGAAAUCUGCAAAAAAAUUAAUUUUAAGUUUCAAAAAUUCAUGUUCGAUAAAAUGGUUGAAAAUGCUAUCGCCGGUGCCAAAAAAGAAUAUCGAGAAAGGUUUACCGCGUUCUUAAAAGAAAAUUUGAAAACUGAAAAUUUCGAAAAGUUCUUUAAGCCAAUUCACCUUGCAGUGAUAGCGCAUGGAGACUUCAGACCGAGUAAUUUGAUGCAUAGAAGACUUGAGGAUGGUACAUUGGAGAUAGCGGUUCUAGAUUUUCAGACAAUACAAGUGUGCAAUCCAAUCUUAGAUCUGCUGUACUUCAUCAUCAAUGGUACGGAUGAGAAGUUUCGCCAACAACACUAUCAACAGCUAAUUGAGCACUAUUACAGUGAAUUUUGUACUGCCCUACGAAGAUUUAGUUUAGAUCCUGACCUCAUCUAUCCAAAGCAAAACUUUGACAAUGACCUAAAAGAGGUGCUGCCAUUCGGUCUACUAGUAGCCAUCGUCAGUCUCCCCUUCGUAACGGUCGACGUCAAAAACGCCCCAAAGAUUGACAGUGACUUCGAAACUAAUUUCGUUGGGAUAAAAACGAGCGAUUUGUUUGCAGAAAGGCUUAACGGCGUCAUCGGCGACUACAUUAAAAUGGGAAUCUUGUAA